AUGAGUCAGGACAACAAAGUGAAGACAUCAGAGUCCAGCCCCCCUGCCCCGUCCAAGACCAGGAAAUCGCUGCCUGUCCUGGACCCAUCCGGGGAUUACUACUACUGGUGGCUGAACACAAUGGUCUUCCCAGUCAUGUACAACCUCGUCAUCAUUGUGUGCAGAGCCUGCUUUCCGGAUCUACAGCACAGCUACCUGGUGGCCUGGUUAGUGCUCGACUACACGAGCGACCUGCUGUACCUACUGGACAUCGUGGCACGCUUCCACACGGGAUUCUUGGAGCAGGGCAUCCUGGUGGUGGACAGGGGUCAGAUCGCCAGCCGCUACGUUCGCACAUGGAGCUUCGUGCUAGAUCUGGCUUCCCUGGUCCCCACGGACUUGACCUACUUGCGGCUGGGCCCGCACACACCCACGCUGCGACUGAACCGCUUUCUGCGCGUGCCUCGCCUCUUCGAGGCCUUCGACCGCACCGAGACCCGCACGGCUUACCCAAACGCCUUUCGCAUCGCCAAGCUGAUGAUCUACAUUUUUGUCGUCAUCCAUUGGAACAGCUGCUUGUACUUUGCCCUGUCCCGGUACCUGGGCUUUGGGCGUGACGCAUGGGUCUACCCAGACCCAGUGCAGCCUGGCUUCGAGCGCCUGCGGCGGCAGUAUCUGUACAGCUUCUACUUCUCCACCCUGAUCCUGACCACUGUGGGCGACACGCCACUCCCGGCGCGGGAGGAGGAGUACCUCUUCAUGGUCGGUGACUUCCUGCUGGCCGUCAUGGGAUUUGCUACCAUCAUGGGGAGCAUGAGCUCAGUCAUCUACAACAUGAACACCGCCGAUGCCGCGUUCUACCCGGACCACGCGCUGGUCAAGAAGUACAUGAAACUGCAGCAUGUCAACCGCCGGCUGGAGCGCCGCGUCAUUGACUGGUACCAGCACCUGCAGAUCAACAAGAAGAUGACCAAUGAGGUGGCCAUCUUACAACACUUGCCGGAGCGGCUGCGGGCAGAAGUGGCCGUUUCGGUACACCUGCCCACUCUGAGUCGGGUGCAGAUCUUCCAGAACUGUGAGGCCAGCCUGCUGGAGGAACUGGUGUUGAAGCUGCAGCCACAGACCUACUCCCCCGGCGAGUAUGUCUGCCGCAAAGGCGACAUCGGCCGAGAAAUGUACAUCAUCCGCGAGGGGCAGCUGGCCGUGGUGGCGGACGACGGGGUCACGCAGUAUGCCGUGCUCGGUGCGGGGCUGUACUUUGGGGAGAUCAGCAUCAUCAACAUCAAAGGGAACAUGUCUGGGAACCGACGAACGGCCAACAUCAAGAGCCUGGGUUAUUCAGACCUGUUCUGUCUGAGCAAGGAGGACCUGCGGGAGGUGCUGAGUGAGUACCCACAGGCCCAGGCUGUCAUGGAGGAAAAGGGCCGGGAGAUCCUGCUCAAGAUGAACAAGCUGGACGUGAAUGCAGAGGCUGCGGAGAUCGCCCUGCAGGAGGCCACAGAGUCUCGGCUGCGGCGGCUGGAUGAGCAGCUGGAUGAGCUGCAGACGAAGUUCGCCCGCCUCCUGGCUGAACUGGAGUCCAGUGCACUCAAGAUCGCUUAUCGCAUAGAAAAACUGGAGUGGGAGACCCGGGAGUGGCCAAUGCCCGAGGGCCUGGCCGAUGCUGAUGAGGAGGAGGAGCCUGGGGAAGGGACUUCCAAGACAGAGGUGGGCAGGGCCGGCCAAAAGGGGGCCUCAGGCUCAAAGUGGUCUUCCCUCUUUCCCAAGAUCCAUACCUCCAAAUGA